UGAAAUGAAAUUGCAGUCUUCUUCUCUGUUUCUUGAAUCAUAUCACUUCCUCCUUGAGUCUUGAAUCUUAUAUUUUGAUUGUCAACGUAUUUGUCCUUUUGAUAAAAGCGGAAGAAGUUGAUAAGCAGUAAUGGAUCCACAAAGAAACCACAGAUUUGGAAGAAAAAAAAGAGUGACGCAAUCUUCCAACUCCGGAGUCAAAAUCACUGAGACAAUGCAAGUUGAUUCCGAUAAAGAAACGACGAAAUUGGAAUGCGAAAAGAAUGCUCAUGAAUCUGGGACAGGGAAAGUGAACAGAAAGAGUAAAGAAGGCGAUCCUGUUCAACCAUCCAGUAACCCAGUUAGCAGAAAGGGAACCAAAACCACUCAAAUGGAGCAAGCUGAUCCCGAUGAAGAAACAAAAAAGUUGGAAAGUCAAAAGAGUGAUGAAUCAAUUCUGAAAGAGGAAGUUGAUGGAAUGAGUACAAAAGGUGAUCAUGUUCAACCAUCCAGUUAUUCAGUUAGUGAAAAGGGAGAUGAAAUCACCCGAAUAAAGCAAGCCUAUACCGAUGAAAUAACAGCUAAAAUGUAUGAGAGUCAAACUUAUGAAUCAUCAGGGGUAGAUAGUACUUAUAAUAAAUUUGAAAAGUCAAAAGAGUGAUGAAUCAGUAUUGGAAGAGAACAAAACGACCGGGGUGAUAACAGAUAUUAAUGCUCGGUUCAGGCCAUUAAUCAAGGCUGUACAAGAGCGUAAUUGGAUACUUUUACAAGAUUUGGUAGAUAUCACUCCUGGGGCUUUGACUGCAACUGUUUCAGAAUACGGGGAUACCAUUUUUCACAUAAUUAAUAUAUCAGGUGCCCCAACUUGGCUUAUAAAGAAGCUUGCAUUCAAGAUCAGUGUAGAAGAACUUCAAAAUUUGAGAGGAAAGAUUGGCGGAUCCGUUAUAUUCCAUGCUGUUAUGUAUGGCAAUAGAAAGGCUGUAAAAGCUUAUGUCUUUAGGCACACAGAAUUUCCAAACAUAAGGAACGAAUAUGGUUAUCUUCCAAUUCAUACAGCAGCAGAAUGUGGCUACAAGGGAAUAAUUCAAUAUCUUCUGUCAAAAACAACAGCACGUUUGGAUGACAAUAAAGGUGUUGAACUUAUUAGAGAUCUGAUCAAUUCCGAUCUCUAUGGUAUAGCGUUAGAUAUAUGGAAGCGAUAUCCAAAGUUAGCUCUUGAAAAGAAUUCAGACAGAAAAAGUAUAUUAACAAUAUUGGCUGGUAAGCCUCCGGCUUUUGAAGGUGCGAGGAGUCGGCUGGGGUUUUGGAGACGCUUGAUCUAUGAUUGGAUUCCUCUGCAAGAGGAAUAUGUUCCUCACAAUGAAAGUAACAAUGGACCUAUUCCUGGAAUGAUCUAUGCUUCAUUUGGUGCUUUGCGCCAAAUGAUCUGGCAUGUCCUCAUGCUGUUAGUCCCAGGCAUCAAAAACAUUCGCGACACGAAGUUGACACAUAUACAAGCCUUUAAAAUUGUUAGAAUCUUGUGUCAUGGUAAUGAAGUUACGUGGAAUCGUAGAGAGGCCUUUGAAACUUUCUGGUCGCCAUUUCUUGAAGCUGCAAAACAUGGGAUUGGCGAGAUUGUCAAUGAAAUUUUGAAUGCUUAUUUCCAUGCUUAUACGUACCGCUACAAAGAUAAUGGUCACGGUCUACUUCAUAUGGCAAUUUUACAUCGCCAAGAAGAGAUUUUUAAAAUUGUAAAAGAAAGGAAUGUGUAUCUACCAAGCUGGAAAGCGAUCAACAAAGGUGGAAAAACUGAUAACAUUCUGCAUUUGGCUGGACAGUCGACAGCUUCAAGUCAGGUCUCUGGUGCAGUAUUCCAAAUGCAGAGAGAAGUACAAUGGUUCAAGUUUUAUCUUCAGGCCUUGGAAAGCUAUGUCCAUCCAUCCCUUCAAGAGCAACAAAACGAGAAUAAUAAAACUCCUAGAGAAGUCUUUACCGAAGCACACAAAGAAUUGGUUAAACAAGGUGAAAAAUGGAUGAAGAGAAACGCUACAUUAGAGAGUGUUGUGGCCGCACUGAUAAUAAUAGCAACUUUUGGAGCAAUUAUCAACUUACAUCGCAACAACAAUGAUUGGAUACUCAAUUUCUUGCAUGGCACAACUUUCAUAGUCUUUAUCACAUCAGAUGUGCUUGCAUUCUUUUUUUCUGCGGUUUCACUGGUGAUGUUCUUGUCAAUCCACACUUCAUGUUACUCAGAAAAUGACUUUUUGGUGUCAUUGCCAACGAAGUUAAUCAUCGGCCUCAUCACGCUAUUCAUUUCUGUUGCAAGCCUGAUGGUAGCAUUUGGUGCAUCCAUUUACACAUUUGUUUCUCAUUCAUGGAUUUGGACUGUCAUUCCGAUUUCGGUAUUCGGAUGCCCCCUAGUGAUCUUAUUUGCCAGGUUCCAAUUUCCUUUCUUGGUUGAAAUUUUCAAUUCCACUUAUAGACCAAACAUUCUCAUAACCCGAAAUAAAUAAUUCAGGAUGUCACUCUGGCAAUAGCAGCCACUGAAGUUCUUCCUUUAGUGAAUAAACUUGUAUGAGGUGUUAAUUUCAUCUCCUAUAGUGUGGCAGAGUCAUUUACUUUUCUACUAAACAGUGUGAGGUGAUUAUUUCAAGGUUGAGGCACGUCUUAUUAUUUUUAUUCCCUUGUAAGCAGUUUUAUGUAUUCAUCAUUCUACUAUUUAAUAUAAUAGUG